CCAACUCCAACCAGCGACUGCCUGCGACAUGACAAGUACAGGCAGCAGCGCAUCAAUCAAGUGUUGUCAACCCCAGCCAUCAAUUUCAACACCCAAAACGAUAUAUUUCAUCGGCACAGUCGGUGUAUCAAUCCCCAUUAUCCUAUACUUCAUUCACAGUCACUACAUGUCCGAUUAAACAGCUACACGACUACCAAGCUUCCCGGCUUACCCGGGUCUCGUACCGCGACACGACCGCCGGCUAGAACAAUGGGUGUCAUACGGAAAAAGACAGCUGCUAGAGGCGCUGAAGGCGGGGUUAAGUAUCACUGCGACGUCUGCUCCGUUGACAUCACAUCCACGGUUCGAAUCAGGUGUGCUCACAGCGCAUGCAAUGACUACGACCUUUGCGUCAACUGCUUUGCCCAAGGCUCAUCGAGCAGUAACCACCAGCCUGCGACACAUCCCUACCGAGUCAUAGAACAAAACUCGUUUCCGAUAUUUGAAGAAGACUGGGGUGCCGAUGAAGAGCUACUUCUCCUCGAGGGCGCAGAGAUAUAUGGGCUGGGAUCAUGGGCAGACAUUGCAGACCACAUCGGCGGCUACCGUCACAAAGAUGAGGUUCGCGAUCACUACAUAAACGCCUAUGUGAACUCUCCACGAUUUCCGCUUCCAAAACGAUGUAGUCCACACGACAACGAGCUGGCCAACCAGACAACCCGCGAAGAGUUUCAAGCACGGAAGAAACAGCGCAUCGAGGAACGUCGCGAUGCUGCCAAGAAUGCUCCUGCUCUGCAACCCAAGACCAAACCCACAGCCUCGGUGCCAUCAUGCCAUGAAAUUCAAGGAUACAUGCCCGGUCGUUUGGAGUUUGAGACGGAGCACGCCAAUGAAGCCGAAGAGGCCGUGCAGCUUAUGCAGUUUGACCCUGGCGAUGGCAUCAACCCGCGCACUGGGGAGCUCGAGCCUGAGACUGAACUCAAGUUGACUGUCAUGGAAGUUUACAAUUGCCGCCUCACCCAGCGUGUCGAGCGCAAGAAGGUUAUCUUUGAACACAAUCUACUGGACUAUAGAGAGAACAGCAAGUUGGAGAAGAAGCGGUCGAAGGAGGAGAGGGAUCUACUCAACAAGGCCAAACCUUUUGCGCGGAUGAUGAACCACGAUGAUUUCGAAGCAUUCUCGCAAGGUCUGAUUGAUGAAUUGAAUCUGAGGCAAGCGAUCACACAACUACAGGAAUGGCGCAGCCUGAGGAUAGGCGACCUGAAAAGUGGUGAAAAAUACGAGCAAGAAAAAGCAGCACGUAUUCAGAAAGCCAUCCCGCUGGGGUCCAUGGAUCGCGAUCGACUGGCCACAAAUCAGCGAAGCAAGGCGCCACCGCCCCCCGAUCCACCCAGCGGUGCUGCUCUACUUGUCGCGCCCGAAAUGCCUGCAAGGCUGGCUACCAAGGGUUCUCACGGGAAUUCACUAGCGAGCGAGAACGUAGAGCACGCUGCUUCAAACGGCGAUGCUGUCAAGAGCGAGGUUCAUGCCAAUGGUGGGACGAAUGGCGACACGGGCAGUGUCAUCGUGGCCAAUGGCGAUAGCACGGUCAACGGAGUCACUGCUAAUGGUCUCGUCAAGAAGGAGAAAUUUGAGCUUCAGCCGAUCCCCACCUUGACGCCGUUGCAGUUUACUCUUGAUCAGACCCCAGACCUGCAGGUUCUGACGCCGGAUGAGGUAAAGCUCUGCGAACUGUUGCGCAUCCAGCCGAAGCCUUAUCUCAUGAUCAAGGAGCAGUUGCUCAAGGAGGCACUGAAGACGAACGGAACAUUGAAAAAGAAGCAAGCCAAGGAGAUCUGUCGCCUUGACAACGCCAAGGGCAGCAGGAUUUUUGAGUUUUUCGUCAAUUCUGGAUGGGUUGGCAAGGCUUAGGAACACACUUUGCCUAUCAGAAAUUUUCGCAGUCGACGCGCAAAAAAGGCACCGCCUUCCAUCGAGGAGUGACUGCAGCGACAUUCUAUCAAGACCCUUCCAAGAGAGGCUCGGGCGUGUACUAGGGAUACAACACGAAACAGAGAUGGGCUCCCCAUUGUUGCACCAUUAGAUGGGCUCUUUGACCAUCCACUGGAAGCGUACGCAUUUUGCGUAUUUUCAUAAUUUGUUAGCAGUCUUAGUUUGACCCCACUAGAGUACUCUGCUACUAAACAAUGACCAUGAAGUACAAUCUCGUCCCGUCAAUUUUAGCUACUGGGAGUUAAACCGGUUUGCUCCACGCCGAAGACUGAUUGAACGAUAUGUUCGCAAUAGGUGAUGACACAACAUGGCGCCACAAUCUGGGACAAGACGAAAUAAAGUGUGGAUAAACAUCCUGCAAGGCACACAAGCCUGUGACCAUUGUACCGGUAGAUGCCAGUCUAGCAAGCCGACUGGCCAACGCUAAAGCAAGAGAAACUGUCAACGAGUGUUUUCCACAGCCUAAAAUCACCCAAGACUUUGAUGCAACUUACAUGUUCCCUUGCUGGAGGUACCUCGCGACAACAUAGAGUCGGCCGGUCUUGUUUCCCUUGGCCACGCCGAUCCCAAACUCGGUGGUCGUACGCCAGAUGGCUUGAGCUAAAAGUGGCCGAGAUAAGGUUAGUAAGUCUACCAGGACAUGUGUUUAUUUUCCUCCCUGCUCCUGUUUUCUAAUUUGCAUCUCAUCUUGAAAGAACAUUGACCAAGAAAGGAAGAACAAAAAAAAAAAAAACUUACUAUAGUGGCCAAACUUUCCAAAGUUGGGGUCCGCGCCGUUGAUGUUGCGGCAAUCGUAGAACGGCUUCUCGUCUAGCCAGGCCUUGCUCGCGGCCUGAAAGGGCGUCUUGAGGUCCGAGUUGCUCGUGUAGUACAGGUUCUCGCCCUGGCCGUUGCGGUUCGAGGCGUGCACGAGGCCGUUGUCGAGCCGCGCCAGCUCCACAGCGUAGUUGGCCGCCGAGCUGUCCAGCACCGACGAGUAGGUGAGGUUGGCGCGGGAGCCGCGGCUGCCGGUCACGGUCUGUCCUGCAUUACAGGGGAGUUUGCUCUGAUUUCAGUAACAUGUUUUGGUCUCUGGCACGGCGGCUGCGGAGAGUGCAAGCUUACUGGCGACGUUGUGCAUGUUCAGCGCACCAACCUUGUCGGCUGCGAUCUCGCUGGCGGUCCGCUGGGCCCACACGGGGGCGAUGGCGGCGGUGAGGACGGCGACGGCGUUGAGGAGCUUCAUUGUGGACUGUGUUGAAGGCUUGUUGGACAAGGCAAAGCAGUGAUGGUAUGAGUUGCCCGGAUGGGAUCCUGGUUAUGGGAUACUAGGGAUAACUAUGAGGACUUGUGAAGCUGGAGAGGGAUGUCUCAAACACUCGGGGGCUUUAUACCGACUUGGUCUCUGGCUUUUAUUUUCCAUCUUCAGGGACCUGGAAUGUGGCGGUUCAGUUCGAGAUGCUAUAUGUCUUGGAGGAACUACGGACAUCAGGAAUGACGAUAACAAUCCCUCGCAGUACUCUACUCACCGGAAUCCAGAUCACUAUCAUCACUUGGAAGAUCGAUCAAGCCGUCGAACAAACUUGGCCUUUCUUCCUACCCCGUGACGUAUUAAACCAACACAAGGCCGCCGACGGACGAGAUGGAAAUUCGUCACAGCAAAGACCUUGACGCCAAUUGCACCCAGGCGAGAAAAGACAUGCCUCCUCCGAUGUCCUUCAGUGGCAAAAGGUCUUUAGAUCAGCAAGAAGAAGAAAAAGAAACAAGGUCGCAAAGAUGCCCCAAACAGAAAAACGACAGAACGCAUCAUAUGGUGCAAGAUAGCUGGCAAGCUGGGCAACUGGGUUGACGGAACUGAUGGAAUUGGCUGGGAGUUUAGGGAUGCAGCUGAGGGAGG